AUGACGGACAGGUCUUCAACAUACCGGACCCAGGGUCACGAGGGCAACGAUGCUGACCUCGCUGCCGCUUGGCAGGAGUGGUUGACACACCCAAAUCCUUUCUCAACCCGUCAACAAUCUCCUUUAAACAACACAUCAUCACAACUGGUCUUUCUCAAGCACGAAGACUCAUUCACACCAUCUCAAGAUCCUUUAGGAGACUCGCAGAACCCUCUUAAGACUAUUCUCAAGCACAGACAUAUCCUCAAGACACGACGACAGCUCCGUGCAGUCCAAACUCCACACGAACAGCCCUCUACGCAAAUUCAACGCGUCAACACACCUCACACUCCGCACGAUCACUAUUACUACUCGACCAAGAUGUGCUUCAAAUACCUCUGCAAGGACUGCAAGCUCGAGAAGUACGACUACUGCAAGGAGUACGUCGAGAGUGGACGAACCUGGUGCACUGUCACCGUCGAGAACCCCUGGGGUGCGAAGAAGAAGAAGUGCGAGACGUGCGUCCUCAUGAGAGAGGUCACCCACCGUUUGAAGGUGCUUGUGCUUCGCGAGCCAUACCUUCUUACCGAGGGCAUGGGCGGUGCACCAGAGAAGCCUGCCUGGGAGAUGGAGGAGGAGAAGGCCAAGGAGGGCGCGGUUGUGGGUGUGGUGGAGGUGGAGUCCGACUCGGACUGA